AUGGCCACAAGGAGGGGCUCUCUGUCUCAAGAGAAAAGUCGGGAGGACAUAACAACCUACACAGCUGCACAUGGGCACAGGUCUCCUAAGCCUGAAAAGGGACACGUUAAUGGAUUUAAGAAAAAUGGGGUAAACGGGAAAAAUGGAAAGCAUGAACAUCUGUCAAACUGGCACAAUGACUUCUACGAAUCUUUUGAAGAGACACCUCUUCUGGUGGCCAUUUUGACCUAUUUGGGCUAUGCAUUGCUUGUUGUCAUUGGUCAGAUUCGUGACCUCAUGAGGGCAUAUGGAAUUGAAAAGGAUAAAAGCUGCACUGAGCCAAAACUAGAGGGUUUUGUCCCGCUGUUUUUGAGCUGGGAGAGUUUUUAUACCCGGAAUUUGUACAGACGUGCCAGGGACUGCUGGAAUCGGCCCAUAAGUAGUUGUGCUGGAGGUCGGAUAGAUGUCAUGGAAAGAAUAUCUCCUGACUAUGGGUGGAACUUCAAGUUGACAGGGAAGAAACUGAAUGUGAUGAACUUUGGCUCCUACAAUUACUUGGGUUUUGCUGAAAACUCAGGUCCCUGCACAGACAAGGUAGAGGAAACUGUGAAACAAUAUGGAGUUGGAGUGUGUGCCUCUCGUCAGGAAAUGGGAUAUAUGGAUAUACACAGAGAGCUGGAUGAACAAGUGGCGGAGUACCUUGGUGUGGAAGCAGCUAUCACGGUUCCCAUGGGGUUUGCUACCAAUUCUAUGAACAUGCCAGCACUUGUUAGCAAGGGGUGCCUUAUACUAAGUGAUGAGUUGAAUCAUGCGUCACUUAUUCUCGGAUCAAGGUUGUCAGGCGCAUUAGUUUGGACAUAUAAACACAAUGAUAUGGCAGACUUAGAGAAGAAGCUGAGAGAGGCGGUGUGUUUUGGACAACCAAGAACACACAGACCCUGGAAAAAGAUUCUGAUUGUGGUUGAAGGAGUGUACAGUAUGGAGGGGUCUAUAGUACGUUUACCUGACGUUUUACGCCUGAAGAAAAAAUACAAAGCUUACGUGUAUUUGGACGAGGCCCACAGCAUUGGGGCCUUAGGGCCCCAUGGUAAGGGAGUUGUUGAUUACUUUGGAGUGGAUCCGCAUGAUGUGGAUGUGUUGAUGGGGACAUUCACUAAGAGUUUUGGGUCCGCUGGCGGAUAUAUAGGUGGAACUAAGAGGUUGAUCAAGCACCUACGAACACAUGCUCACAGCUCUAUUUACCCAAUGGCAAUGCCUGCACCAACAGCUCAGCAGGUAAUCAGUACCAUGAAUGUUCUAACAGGCAAAGAUGGCACUCAAGAAGGCUUGAAAAGAAUCCGCCAGCUUGCGUGGAAUACCCGUUACUUUCGCAAGCGACUGCACGACCGAGGAUAUAUCCUGUAUGGGAACAAGGACUCACCUGUCGUUCCAUUGCUCUUGUAUAUGCCUUCAAAAGUUGCUAUGUUCAGUAGGGAGACUUUGAGGCGUGGGAUGGCCACAGUUGUUGUGGGUUUUCCUGCCACUCCGCUGAUUGAAACCAGGGCCAGAUUUUGUCUGUCGGCAGCGCACACCAAGGAAAUGCUUGAUGAGGCAAUUAGAAUUGUUGAUGAUGUGGGGGACUUGUUAAGAUUGCGAUACUCAAGCCUGCCUGCACCAGACUUCACAGAGAAAGACAUUCAGCUUGUAGAGUGA